GCCGAGCUCUCUGUGACGGGGCUCGGCCGCCGCCGCAGGUCCUUCGGGGAAAGAGCGAGGGAACUGGGGUCCGGCGGGGCACACGAGGCCGAGCCCCGGGACAGCUAGGGGGUUCCGGGCCGCGUCCGGCGCGCGGGGCGUGCGGGGUCUGGCCCUGAACCUGCGAGCUAGGCACCCGCGCCCGCGGUGUCAGACAUGGAAGGCCUUUCCCCAAGUAACAUAAUGGCAGAAUCGGCUUCUCCACUGAAGCACUUUGUGCUGGCUAAGAAGGCAAUUACUUCAAUAUUUGCCCAGUUACUGGAGUUUGUUACUGAAGGAUCACAUUUUGUUGAAGCAACAUACAGGAAUCCAGAACUUGAUCGAAUAGCCACUGAAGAUGAUUUGGUGGAAAUACAGGGGUGUAAAAAUAAGCUUUCUGUCAUUGGUGAGGUGCUGUCUCGGAGACACAUGAAAGUGGCAUUUUUUGGCAGAACAAGCAGUGGGAAGAGCUCUGUUAUCAAUGCAAUGUUAUGGGACAAAGUUCUCCCUAGUGGGAUUGGCCAUACAACCAAUUGCUUCCUAAGUGUUGAAGGAACUGAUGGAGAUAAAGCUUAUCUUAUGACAGAAGGAUCAGAUGAAAAAAAGAGUGUGAAGACAGUUAAUCAGCUGGCUCAUGCCCUCCAUAUGGACAAAGACUUGAAAGCUGGCUGUCUUGUGCAUGUGUUUUGGCCAAAGGCAAAAUGUGCCCUAUUGAGAGAUGACUUGGUUUUAGUAGACAGUCCAGGCACAGAUGUUACAACAGAACUGGAUAGCUGGAUUGAUAAGUUUUGCCUAGAUGCUGAUGUCUUUGUUUUGGUUGCAAACUCGGAAUCAACACUAAUGAACACGGAGAAACAUUUUUUUCACAAAGUGAAUGAACGACUUUCCAAGCCUAAUAUUUUCAUACUGAAUAAUCGUUGGGAUGCUUCUGCAUCAGAACCAGAAUAUAUGGAAGAUGUACGCAGACAACACAUGGAAAGAUGCCUGCAUUUCUUGGUAGAGGAGCUCAAAGUUGUGGAUCGUUUAGAAGCACAAAAUCGUAUCUUCUUUGUUUCAGCAAAGGAAGUUCUUACUGCUAGAAAGCACAAAAUACAGGGGAUGCCAGAAGGUGGUGGGGCACUUGCUGAAGGAUUUCAGGCAAGAUUACAGGAAUUUCAGAAUUUUGAACAAAUUUUUGAGGAGUGUAUCUCGAAGUCAGCAGUGAAAACAAAGUUUGAACAGCACACUAUCAGAGCUAAACAGAUACUAGAUACUGUGAAAAACAUAAUGGAUUCAGUAAACGUGGCAGCAGCAGAGAAAAGGGUUUAUUCAAUGGAAGAGAGGGAAGACCAAAUUGACAGACUGGACUUUAUCCGAAACCAGAUGAACCUUUUAACUUUGGAUGUUAAGAAAAAAAUCAAGGAGGUCACUGAGGAGGUAGCGAACAAGGUUUCAUGUGCAAUGACAGAUGAAAUUUGUCGACUAUCUGUUUUGGUUGAUGAGUUUUGUUCUGAGUUUCAUCCAACUCCAAGUGUAUUGAAAGUAUAUAAAAAUGAGUUAAAUAAGCACAUAGAAGAUGGUAUGGGAAGAAAUUUGGCAGAUCGGUGCACCAAUGAAGUCAAUGCCUCAAUGCUUCAAUCCCAGCAAGAAAUUAUUGAAAAUUUGAAGCCAUUACUUCCAGCUGGUAUACAAAAUAAACUUCAUACAUUGAUCCCUUGCAAGAAAUUUGACCUCAGUUAUGACCUAAAUUGCCACAAGUUAUGUUCAGAUUUUCAAGAGGAUAUUGUAUUUCGUUUUUCCUUGGGCUGGUCUUCCCUUGUUCAUCGAUUCUUGGGCCCCACAAAUGCUCAGAGGGUAUUGCUUGGAUUAUCAGAGCCUAUCUUUCAGCUUCCUAGAUCAUUAGCUUCAACUCCCACUGCUCCCACCAAUCCAGCAACACCAGAUAAUGCGUCACAGGAAGAACUCAUGGUUACCUUAAUAACAGGAUUAGCUUCUCUUACAUCUAGAACUUCUAUGGGCAUCAUAGUUGUUGGAGGAGUGAUUUGGAAAACUGUAGGCUGGAAACUCAUAUCUGUUUCAUUGAGUAUGUAUGGAGCUUUGUAUCUUUAUGAAAGGCUAACCUGGACUACCCAUGCCAAGGAGAGAGCCUUUAAACAGCAGUUUGUGAACUAUGCAACUGAAAAACUACAGAUGAUUGUUAGUUUCACAAGUGCAAACUGUAGCCACCAAGUACAACAAGAAAUGGCUACUACUUUUGCUCGCCUGUGCCAACAAGUUGAUAUUACACAAAGACAUCUGGAAGAAGAAAUUGCUAGAUUAUCCAAAGAAAUAGAUCAGUUGGAGAAAAUACAAAACAAUUCGAAGUUCUUAAGAAAUAAAGCUGUUCAGCUUGAAAAUGAGUUGGAGAAUUUUACUAAGCAAUUUCUACAUUCAAGCAAUGAAGAAUCUUAAACAAUAGAGGUUGCUUUGGUGAACGUCAUGGGAGGAAAUGGAACCUGGAAGAUUGGGAGAGUUGUUAUUUUUAUGAAAUGACUUCAAUAUGAAUUAUACUAUAACUAAGUGGCAAAUCCCUGUGUAGAUUCUGGUAAUGAUCUAUCCCAGGGUGUUUGCAUUUCAGAAAAGUGUUAGGAAAUGUUCUUUGUUUUAAUUUGGGAUAAAGACUAAGUUUUUUGUGUUAAAUAAUGAAUUAGUUAAAAGCAACAUAACCAACUUUGUGACCCCUGAGGGGUGGGUCCUUGAGCUCUUUAAUUGGGGCUUUCUUUGUUUUUGAUUCUGAAAAACUCUGCUUCCUGGUAUCCAGGAGUUAGAGAGUGAUCCUUUCAUCUUCUUUCUCAAAACUAAUUUUUUGAUGCCUUCUUUAAUGGGAAUAGUCAACUUUUUGUUUUGUUUUAUAAGCUCCAUUGCUCUAACCUCCAAGGAGUGUGGAAUGUUCUUGAGUGUCCUAUUUAUGCAGGUUACAGUCACUUUUGCCAUUAUGGCAAGUAUGUAAACCACUAAUAAAUAUGCUGGUUUUACCCCUUCUUUUAUUCCCAUUAAAACUGAUGUUAUAAAUUUGUUAUUAUAGUCACUUAUAAAAGUAUCUGAGUCUAAAUAGUUUCCUUAUCUGUUUUCUAAGAAAUAUUUUCAACUUUGCUCCAGUUAGGAGUCCAGUAAGGAAAGCUUUUCUAUCUUAGUUGGAGGAAUAGAGUUUGAUGUGAUAAAAAUAGCCAAAGAUAUAGGAGGUCUGCAUUUUGUUUGAUAACAGUAAUGUUUAAAAGCUAUUCUUCAGAAGGCACUUGCCUAAGGUAACUGCUGGAUUAUCCCCCACUGGAAGCUUUUACUUGUAUUUAAGUAUAUGAAUUUGCAAUGGCUCCAUUAAAAAUUAAUACUGUAAUUUUUUACCUUAAUGAAAUGUUCAUGGAUUCAAGUGUUAUAUCUGCUUCUGUAUGAAAAACUGAUUGAAACUUAUAUGGGAAUAUUUUAAAAUGACAUUCUGGGAUCUUGCUGUAAAAAAUAAAGAUCAGCAUCACCUAGACGCUUGUUAAAAUGCAAAUCCCUGGGAACAUAGUGCAUUUGGCCAGGUAUGGUUUGAUUCUUUUUUGUGGAGGGUAACAUUUCAGCCUUCUUUUCUUACAUUAAUACUCGAUACUUCUUUCCUGUGCCUUCUAAGGCUCCUGAAUACUAGUUGGUCUUUUCACAACACAUAACUCUUAUUUUUCAAGAUAUUUGAAGGAAACAAUAACAUAAUUUAGGCCAUAGAAGCCUUUCCAAAACAUUUGUUAUGCAAAUCAGAUAUUAGGAUGCAUUAUUCAAGUUUAAAUACAAAUGACUAUUACUUUUUACCAUUUUUUGCUGAUUUAUAACCCCAGAAAUGGUACAGGCAACCAAGUGGAAUUAGGUGACAACUAUAACAAUUAGGUUUCUAAGAUCGGGUACUUACUGCUAAUUUAGAUUUCAAGUUAUAUGAAAGUACUUGAAUUUUUGGUAUUACUUCAUUAGUACAGUACAGUGGUUCUUAAAGUUUGGUCCCUGGAUCAUCAAUAUCACUUUUGAGCUUAUUAGAAAUAUAGAUUCUCAGGUCUCAACCCAGACUAUAAAAUCAGAUACACUACAUUUGGGGCCCUAGCAAUUUUUUUCCUCUGUUACUGUAUUAUAGUUGUACAUAAUAGCUGGGCUCAUUUUGACAUCAUUCAGGCAUGGAAUUUACUCCAUUUUAGUCCUUGGUUUCCCUACUUUUCCUCCCUCCCCCUGUUACCCUUCCUUUACUCUACUGGGCUACCUUUCACUCAUUUACUUUUAAUUGGUGCUUUAUAGAUAUGGUGGCAUUCACUGUGGUCUAUACAUGAACAUAGUGUAAUUUUGUUCCACAUUUCCUUCUCUUUGUUGUCCUUCCUCCCACUCAAUUGCCUCCUCCUCUGCUGAGCUGCUCUCUAUGGUAUCCUAGCCCUUACCCCCACUUUUCCCUUACUUUGCUAUAGCUUCCAUAUAUGAAAGAAAACAUUAGACCUGUGAUUUUCUUCAGUCUGGCUUAUUAUGAAAUAAGCAUAUUGUUCUUCAGUUAUAUCCAUUUACUGACAAAUGCCAUAAUUUCAUUCUUCAUGGCUGAAUAAAACUCCAUUGUGUGUAUAUACCGCAUUUUCUUUAACCAUUUCAUCUAUUGAAGAGCACCUGGGCUGAUUUCCUAUCUUGCCUGUUGUGAAUUGUGAUGAUGGUAUAAACUGAUGGCUGUAUCACUCUAGUAACCCAGCAAUUAUUUUAACAAGCCCUCCAGGUGAUACUGAUGUUUACAAUAAAGUUUGGGAACCACUGGUAUAUUGUUCUGGUAUAGUAAGUUUUCCCAUCACUAGUUUGAAUGUAGUUUCACCUAAUCAAGUUUGAAAAUGUAUGACUUGGAAAUGAAACACUAAAAUAAAGAAAAAGAACUCUUAUGCUUAGAUAUAAGUGCAUUGAUGACAAGACCGUGAAUUAAAAGUUAAGUAAUUAUGACUGGUAUAGUUCAGUUAUUACACCUUUACUUGAUUAUUUGUGUGUUUGCAGGAUUAUUUAUAAACUUUGUAUAAUCUUAAACUUCUUACAAAACAUUUUUAUGAGUGUGCAAUCUUGUAAGGUGAAAAUAAAACCUGUUUGCCAGAUA